AUGGACAUGGAGAGUUACGAGGACUUCUGCCUGCGGAGCCUGGCCAGACUGCAGACUGAGAGCCAGCGGAAGAGCCAAGGCCAACAGACAGGCAGUGAGCCAACUGGUCCUGUGGAAGCUCUCUCCUUCAUCCACUUCCAUGGAAGGGCUGUGCUCUCACCCUUGCUGAGUGUGGAGCAGCGCAGUGAGAUGUCCCAGUACAGACAGAGGGCUGCCCAGCUUGAGGUGGACAGACAGGCACUACGCAGCAGCAGCCUGCUGACCAGGGUUCAGGACAUCCUGGACAAUGCUCAGGUGGACAGAGUACCAGAGAUGGAGGGUAAAAUGGAUCUACCAACUCCGCCAUAUUGCCUUUCCCCAAAACCUGAGACAGUGAAUGGCUACACCCUGGUCACAGACUCUCCUGGGCUACCCAGGGGCGCUGGUGUGGUUGGGCUACACAUUACGGAUCGGCCCACCACCCCUCAACCUGAGUCCCCCAUAGUCCUGAAUGGGUACAGGGCAGAGGAGAGAGAGAAGCAGGUAGAGGAGGAGAGGUGGGAGGUAAAGGAGGAGAUAGGGGGCGGUCAGGAUGUGAGUUUCCAGAGCCUUCUGAGGAGGUCGAGGGAGUAUGUGGAGAGAGAGCAGGCCCAGAGGGGGUCAAAAGUCAUCGGCCGGGUCACUUCAACCACCCCACCUGCGGAGAGCCUCUCUGACAAGGAGAACGAGAGCCGCAGUCCUCUGGGAGAGAUGAAACCUGAACAGGGGUACAGCCUGCGCCACAGUCCCCUAAACCCACCCCAGGCCCACAUCCAGCACCAGAGUCAGUAUCCUGCCCAAGCUCAAGCCCAGUACCAGGCUGUGUGUGACCCAUAUGACUCUCGGUUUAGCUGCCUCUCAUCUGGCCUCCCCGACCCUUACGCCCUCCUGCCCAGCCCUGAACCCAGCAUGAGUCCCCGCCCCCACCGCCGCCGACCACGUCCAGUGUCCACUGGUAACAUCAUGAUCUCCUUCCCCAUUGGUUCGGCCGACCUCAUCCCCAGAGGGCUAGUGGGGAGGCAGCAGGAGAGCGCUGUUGUCAUGGUGACAGGGGUGAUGAGGUCACCGGAACGGGGGUCAGGCGUCAGUGACGGUAACAGUAGUCGUCGUGGCAGCCAGUGUGGCACCAGCCCGGUCCAGGAGAAGAGCUGCAGCCCAGUCAGUACCUCCGGAACUGGUUCACAUGGGCAUCAUGAUGUCAUCAGCUCCGGGUUUCGCCGGCGCUGCCACACCCUAGACAGCCAGCUCCACUCCUCCCAUUCUGCCUCAGGACCUGGCAUGGACCGCAGCCAGGAGAGGCUCCCGCGCUUCAUGGGGGGAGUGCCUCGUUUGGCCCUGAGCCGUAGGAGCCCCGCGGUCCCCCUGAAUCAGUCCUAUGAGGUGGAGAACCCCUCGGCCACGCUGCUAAGGCCCCACGUGAGACCCUUGACCCCUGACCUCUCUCCUUGCCAGAUGAGUCUGGAGCCUGAGGGGCCUCGGGGGCCCCAUGAUGGACGGAUCACACCCAGCUCUUCCUUAGAGGAGCAGGACAGUAAGACAGAGGAGACCCAGCGACGUGUGAGUGCUCUGGAGGAGAUGCAGAGGCGUCUGGAGGAGGAGCAUGCUCUGCAGAUGUCUCUUCUCAUGGCUGAACAGGAGAGAGAACAACAGCGCCUCUGUCAGGAGCUGGAUGAGAAGGGGAAGAGGCUGAGAGAGCAGGGGUGUGGCCGGCUCCUGAGUGGGGACGGUGGUGGCCUCAGCCCUUCCUGCCCUGGCCUUAGCCCCACCCUGAGUGCUACUGAUAGGUCACCUAGACACAGUGUACACAGCAUGGGUUUCUCCUCUCCACUGAGCUCCAGUGUUCCCUCUCCCUCCAUGCAGCCUCCUGUCUACCUGUGGGGGCCCACCUGGGGAGCCAGCAAGCCCCGGGGAAGGCUCAGUCAGGUUGUGACAGUUGAACAGCAGAGGGCGCUGUGUCGUCUGGGAGCCAUCAGCUGUGGGUUCCUCACCCGCAGACUGCUCCAGACAGAGAAGGUGAAACAGCUGCGCCAGACCGUUCAGGACACACAAGAGUUCAUCCGCUCGUUCCAGACUGAAGCUCCACAGAAGAGAGGUUCCAUAUCAGCACAGGACCUGUCUCUGCAGGAGAGAGUCAGGGCACAGUUGCGUGCGGCUCGAUAUGACGUCCAUGACAUCUUCUUUGAGAUGCCCCUGGAGGAGAGGCUGGCUCUGCUGCAGCUGGACAGAGAGGUCCGCACAGAGAAGAAGCUACGAGAAAUGGAGAAAGCCAGGAUUCCUAAUGACAGAGUGCUGUCUGCUGCCACACAGAGGUCACUGGACAGGAAGAAGAGGGUGGGUGAGUCUCCAAGACAAGCCAGGAAAGUACAGAAGAAGCCAAAGAGCCCUCCCACUAACAGGAUCCUGAAGCCAAGUCAGGGUCAGAACGCCUCAGUCCCAGGUCAGCUAAACCGACAGGGGUGA